UCCGUCUUUAGGAAACACAACAAACCUUAACAGAAUUCACAGCUAAUGGAGCAAGACAACCCUCAAAUACUUGAACAUGCUCACUCUGAGUUUAAAAACCAGAACUUCAAAUUUGCAGAACUACUGUACACAACGUUUAUCUCGUCCUGCUUACAGACCAGGGAUUGUAAAGCCAGUCAUUUGGCCACUGCUUACAACAACCGCGGACAGAUAAAGUACCUCCGGGUGGAUUUUGGUGAAGCGGUGGAGGACUUCUCUUUAGCGAUACAGAGUGACAGCAGCUAUGAGACACCUUUCUACAACAGAGGACUCAUCCACUAUAGACUAGGUUUUUUCCAUGACGCCAAGAGUGACUUCCAACAAGUAUUGAAGAUGAAUCCAGAUUUUGAAGAUGCCAAAGUGAGCCUGAAACAAACACUUCUGGACCAGCAGCACAAGAUAGACAGGGGAUACUGACAACUCCAUAAACUAUAGAAUAUACCUUUUUAUAAAUCCUGAAAUAUGUUGGCUUGAAGAAACAAUCUGUCAAGUUUUGUCAAAUUAUUUACAAUAAUGUACAGCUAUUGUAUAGAAAAUUGGAAUUGUAUUUGAUCUGAACAUGAACCCUUUGAUUAAAGAUAUCAGCAUGAAGAUGAACCUUAAAGUAAACACAAACCACAUACAAAAUAACCUACACAAGGAACAGAAACAAUGAAAAUAAAACUAUUGCUGCAAAAACAUUCAGUUAGAACCUAUGAAACCAAGUAGAAAUCCCACAGGGAUGGGUGUGACAUUUUUAUAUGGUUUUUGUUAAGCAGAGCAUUGAUUAUUCCUUCUUCUGCACUGACUCAACACUCUUCCAGUUGGAAAAUAUUGUUAUGGCCUCAUAAAUGAACAUAUAUCAUUGCAUAAUUGGACAGAGCAGACUAAUCGACCCGGGUGAAACGAUGAGCUCGGGUUUUACUGUCUUUAAUAAAUGUUUGUGCAUCAUCUUGCAAGGAGGUUUGAGAAUAUAUACAAACUAAUCAAGUGUUAGAUUACAGUCAUUAUAAUGAGGCUCUGUAGCAAAGGAAAAAUCAACAAAAGCAUAUGUGGUUUUAAGGAAAAGUGGAAUUUAUUAUUAAUUGUGGAUUAUUUUGUUGCUUCUUAAAAUAUAAAAAUGUAAUAUAUUUAUAAUACCAAAUACAAAUCUAUAUACUUUUGCUGAACAAUAAAUACUUUUUUUACACUACU